CAUAAGUGCCUGCCGGGGGCGGGCGGCGCCGUGCCGCCAUGCCGCCCUCCGCGCUGCUGCUGCUGCCGCUGCUGCCGCUGCUGCUGCCGGCGGUGCCCGCUCCGGCGGCGGCGACGGCGGCGGCGGCGGCGGCGACGGGCUGCGGGCCCUGCGAGGCGGCUCAGUGCCCGGCGCUGCCGCCGCGGGGCUGCCCGCUGGGCCGGGUGCGGGACGCCUGCGGCUGCUGCUGGCAGUGCGGCCGGGGCGAGGGGGAGGCGUGCGGCGGCGCUGCGGGAGGCCGCUGCGCCCCCGGCCUCGAGUGCGUGAAGAGCCGCCAGCGCCGUAAGGCCAAGGGCGGCCCGGCGGCGGGACACCCCCCCUCCGCCGCCGCCGCCCCGUCCGGCGUGUGCCUCUGCAAGAGCCGCUACCCGGUGUGCGGCAGCGACGGGCUCACCUACGGCAGCGGCUGCCAGCUCCGCGCCGCCAGCCUGCGCGCCCAGAGCCGCGGCGAGCCCGCCAUCAGCCAGCGCAGCAAGGGAGCCUGCGAGCAAGGACCCUCCAUUGUGACCCCUCCUAAGGACAUCUGGAAUGUGACAGGAGCACAGAUCUACCUGAGCUGUGAAGUCAUGGGCAUCCCAACCCCUGUCCUCAUCUGGAACAAGAUAAUUCGGGGACAGUAUGGUGUCCAGAGGAUGGAGCUUCUGCCUGGGGACCGGGAAAACUUGGCUAUCCAGACCCGAGGGGGCCCUGAGAAACACGAAGUGACUGGCUGGGUGCUCAUAUCUCCUCUGAGCAAAGAGGAUGCUGGAGAAUAUGAGUGUCACGCAUCAAAUGCCAAAGGAGAGGCAACAGCUUCUGCAAAAAUCCACGUUGUGGAAACUCUGCAUGAAAUAGCCCUGACCAAAGAUGACGGUGCAGAGCUGUGAUGUGAGGACUUUCACUUCGCACAGUUUUAAAUUAGUGUUUUGGAAAGCUGCAACCUCUGGCUCACUAAUCAUUCCCUCUUACUCCCUUAUUCUUUGAUCACCAAUUUGCUUGCGCACUUCUUUCACAGAUACACAAAUAAAGAGAUUCACAAGUUUGAUUACAAAUUUUAAUUCUAUUUACAGGAAAUAAACAUACUUUUGAACAGCA